AUGUCACAACCUCGGCGUCCUCUUUUCGACUCCUACGCAACCGCUCCAAAGCCCGAGCGCCAGGACGAUAGUAAGAACGGGGAAUCAGGCAACGCCGCGGACGAGUUGAACAAUGCGACUCAGCACAAGCCCCAGAUGGCACAAAUCGAAGAGGCCAUGAAAUCUCAAUCCGAGGGCCUCCGUCAGACAUCCAGUCGCUUACCCAGCACGCAUACGGAGGUCCCUACCGUCGCCUUCCAAACAAUUGUCUUUGGUAUCAUGCGGCAACUUUUCAAAGAGAUUGAAGAGAAUUCGAGAGAGCACGCGUAUUUGCGCAAGCGUGCUCAUCAACACUAUCACCUCGAGAUCUCCAGACGAUUGCACAAUUCCAAGGACAGCUUGGAUCCUCAGACACACUCGGAGGAGACCCUCCAUACCCUGUGGCCGAGAACAUGGAGAUUUCUCGUCGGUAUAUCCUCUAUGAGGGCGGCUGUUUUGAUCGCGGGGACGGAGAACGCAUUUCGCGAGAACAAAUUAGCCCGAAUUCGAGACAACCAGAGGAGAUCACGCGCCCGACGGAGAGAGUAUGUCCAGGACCUCAAACGGCGACUCAGAGAAUACGAGACUCAGGGCAUCGAGGCCUCGACCGAGGUCCAGAUGGCCGCGAGAAGAGUAGCCGAGGAGAACAAGCAGCUCCAGGAGCUCCUCAACAGGCAUGGCAUUAGCGACGACCAAAUAACCCGUUUCUUGCAGUCGGGCACCUUGCCACUUGAUUCCAACCAAGGCCAACCCUUUCACGCCGACGACCCUAGUGCCGCUGUCCAGUCGCUACAACGGCUCCUGAUGCCGCGACAACUGGCCAGUCUAGAUGAAGACUUCUCCCUAUAUUUGUCGGGACAGUCGAUUCGGAACCCUCCACCACCGAGGGUCGACGACAAGUUCGUCCGUCUGGGAGCCGUCGCAGCUCGUAACGUCCUCGUACGGCUAUCAACAUCACAUGGGCGUGGCUACUGCAGUCAUGGCAUCGGCUGUUCAUUCUCCGUAUCCACCGACAACCCCAUUGAGUCGCGCGAGCACCACGCGACAAGGCUGCGUCUAUGGCGGGCAACCGUCCCCGUCGAUGCACGACAGUCCCGGCCAAGCCAUGGUAACAACACAGCCUACGUCUACUGGCGGCCGUACGGUAAUGCACUUGCAUUAUUCUGUGCCGACUUAUCCAAACGCAGUGGUACCGCAUUAUGA